UGUGAGGAGGCCCGGGAGGCCUUUCUCCAGGCACUCUCUAGCUCUUUUCCUUUACCAUAGGUUACUGUUUUUUCCCCUCAGCUUUAGAAAGGAGAGAAUAAGAUGCACAUUUAUUGGUCAGUUGAUUUUAAUUAAAUUUUAAAAACUGGGUUCCUUCAACAUGCUGUACAUUCUCACACCUCUGUGCCUCUGCUUCGGCUGUUCCCACCACCGGAAAUUCUCUUCUCCCUCUGCCUACCUGGUUAAUUCAACCCCUACACCUCAAAUCAAAUCUUGGCUCUGGGUCUCCCUCCCUCUAUGCCACCCUUCUUCUUGGCUGCCACCUCUCUUUAACCUUAAUCCAGGUAUCAUGCUUCCCACACUGAAUUGCCAUUUUUUUUGAGGUAUCUUUCCCUUGAUAGACGGAAAGCUUCUCUCGGGCAUCUUUGAUUCCUGAAGGGCUUGGCUCACAGUAGACACUCAGUAAAUACUUGUUGAAUUGAAAACUUCCUCUCCUCAGCAUAGUUGACAAUUUCUAAUUUCUUUGUAAUUUUGGUUAGGUUGUUCACAGUAUAAUAAAAGUCCCUAUGGAUUCAGCACUGAAUAGUUCUGGAAGGUUACUGGGUGCCCCCCCGUACCUCAGGGGCGGUAGGAAUGAUGGUAGUAAGUGUGAACCAGCAGCAAGGAAAAAAAAUCAAGGAGUAAUUUAGAAGCCAGAGGGACAUUUCUUGGUUUAAUGUUUGUGUAUUCCAGAUUUAUUUGCUGGUGACCCAAAGUAGAUCCUAGGUUCAUCCAGAAGUUCCUUAGCCAUCAUCAGAAUUCCUGCGCAGCGAGGGGAGUCAUGGAUCUGUAUUGCCACUUACUGUGCAAACUAUUUGGGACACAGCAGUAAGUCGGAGAGACUGGGGUUCAAAUCCUGGGUCUGCCACUUACGACCUGAGGGAACUCGCUGCCUCUCUGAGCCUCAGUUUCUUUCAUAUCUAGGAGGGGGAUGAUAUUUAAGUGGAAGGGUUGCGUGAUGACUAAAUAAUAUGUGUGUGAAGUACCUAAUCUAGGUCCGGCACUUCGUAGAUGUUUACUAAGUGGUAGUUUUCAUGAUUUGCAAAUAAUGGGGUGGGCAGGGGGAUGGUGUGACCGCUGUAUUACCAUUGUAUUAACUAUUACUAGAUUCAGAUGUAUGCAUGGGAAAGUCAGCUUAGAAUUCAAAACGCUGCUUUGCAUAGCUAUUUUUGUUUAAUGGAUGUCACCUAAAUGCCGAGUGAUAUUUACACCGUGACUUCAUAAAGGCCUUCAAGGGAUUUUCCAGUUCUCACUGUAAGGAUUUUUUCUGAUAAUAGUCCCAUACUUUCCUCCUUUGAUGUGUCCUACCUCAGGAGAGCCCCUAGCCCUACCCACAGGGAGCUCGGACAGGGUUCUGCCUGAGGUGUUGUGGUAAAUUCUGCGCUCACUUUUCCAUUGUCAUCCGUCCGUCCCCUACCCCGUUGCCCGGGUCUUAUCUUGUCCUCUGGGGAGGUAUGUUAAGUGCUCUGCCAGCCUGCCUCUGUGCCUGGCCUGUUUUUCCUCACUGCCAGUACCUCUUGGAUUCCAAUUCCAAACAUGGUAUCCAUCUGGGGUCACCCUUUCUUCCGGUGCCAAGAGAGACGCAUUCCAAAUGGAACACAAGUGUGCCUCCCGUGCUGGGCUCUCCUCAUUCUGUCUGGGGACAACAGAGAGCAGGAUGUGGCCACCUUAUCCCUCACUGCUGAAGUUUUCAGGCCCGUAGUCCUCUCUUUUCCUUGCCACAAUUUAGGUUUUCUGCUAAGAGCCAAAUGUGAAGGCUGUCCUAAGAAACCCGGAGCCGGGGAAGCUCGCCAAAGCUCUGCAAAGAGGGCCAGAGCCUUGCCGAGGGAAAGAGAGAAGGGAAAAGUUUUCAGUUCUCCAUGAAGCGUACUAUGUUCUGCCAUUCAUUCCCAAAGCUGCCAGAAACAUUCCUCCCAGGAAAGGUGGAGUUGGUGGUGAGAAGCCUGAGGUGAGAAGACAUCUGGGAGGACCGAUUAACCCGUUUUCUGAAUUUCCUAUGUGGGGCCAGACUUAGAGCCCAGCAAGGCUCUGAGACACCCCGAAGAUGAGCACCAACGGCAGCAGCGUGGGCCAGCUCCUCUGGCAGGCACCCGUGUGCGCUGGCUGGAAGCAGGAUCUGGAAGGGGCUCUCUACCACCUGGCCAACUGCUUCUUGCUCCUGGGCUUCAUGGGGGGCAGUGGGGUGUAUGGAUGCUUCUACCUCUUUGGCUUCCUGGGCACAGGCUACCUGUGCUGCGUGCUGUGGGGCUGGUUCCACGCCUGCGGCCUGGACGUCGUCCUCUGGAGCUUCCUGCUGACAACGGCCUGUGUGCUCCAGCUGGCACACCUGGUGUACCGCCUCCGCGAGGACACCCUCCCUGAGGAGUUCGAGCUCCUCUACAAGAAGCUGUGCCUGCCCCUGCAGGUGCCCCUGCAGACAUACAAGGAGAUUGUCCACUGCUGCGAGGGCCAGGUCUUGACUCUGGCUGCCGAGCAGACCUAUGCUGUGGAGGGCGAGACGCCCAUCAACCGCCUGUCCCUGCUGCUCGCUGGCCGGGUUCGUGUGAGCCAGGACGGCCAGUUUCUGCACUACAUCUUUCCUUACCAGUUCAUGGACUCUCCCGAAUGGGAAUCGCUGCAGCCCUCUGAGGAGGGGGUGUUCCAGGUCACUCUGACAGCCGAGACUGCGUGUAGCUAUAUUUCCUGGCCCCGGAAAAGUCUCCACCUUCUUCUGGCCAGAGAGCGAUACAUCUCCCGCCUCUUCUCUGCCCUGCUGGGCUAUGACAUCUCCGAGAAGCUCUACGCUCUCAACGACAAGCUCUUUGCUAAGUUUGGGCUGCGCUUCGACAUCCGUCUCCCCAGCCUCUACCACGUCCUCGGGCCUGCUGCCCCAGAGACAGGGGCAGAGUCCGAGAAGGAUGAUGAGGAAGUCCAUGAGCCGGCUGUGUCCCCUCCUCAGGCCAUGCCCACAUCUGUCCAGCACACGCCCCCUUGCUCUCCCCCUCCAGCUGCCACCGACCCUCCUGCACCUCCUUCCUGGGCCAGGAUGUCCAGGCCCGACAGCAGCGUCCUGGGGGUACCUGAUUUCCCCUCUUAUUUCCCCCAGUCUGGCUUUCCAGUGAAGGUGGCAACUGGGGCAGACCCCCUGAGAACAAAUGGGACAGCGGAAAGCUGGAGACCCAAACAAAACACACGCUAGCUCCUCAGGCCCUGUGGAACUGAGCGGUGGCCAGACCGCCGUCUGUUUCCUUCAUUUGCUCAGGGCAGACAGAUCACCAUCAGCCUGUCUUCAGGCUCUCUCCCUGUGAAGUGGCUGUGAGGUGCUUGGGGAGCUGUCACUGUUGUGAAACUUCACAUUUCUCACAGAACCACCGGAAAGACUCAUGGGGCAGAAAACUUGCCCUUGGAGGUGGCAGGGCAGAAGCUGCCCGGGCUCUCAGGCUCUGAGUGUCUAGAUGGCAGUGCCACUCCACCUGCCAGGGCUCCGUGUUCCGUCUGGGGACUUAGAGUUAGCAGUUCCCUCUCUGACCCUUGGACCACAGCAACCCAUGGCAUCUCCCAGCCCAACCUAUGCCCGCUUCUACUGAUGUUUUACAGGCCUCAUUUACCUACCGUUCUCUUUGUAAAAAUAAAAGACAGGGGUCUUAUGAAACUCACCAUUUUUCUACACAGAUUUUUAAAAACUCAUUCAGUAGUGUUAGAUAGGAAGUAGAGUUCUACAGAUUCUCCAUAGGAAGCAACGGAAGUUGAUCUCUUGGUCUCUCCACCUGUAACAUGAGAGGAUUGGACUACGCAAUUCAAAGCUGCCUCAACUAAUAUUCUAGAAUAAAAUGAUUCAAAGAUAUAACCAUCCCUAUCAUGUCAGGCAUUGGGUACACUUAAAACAUUGGGAAUUGGUAGAGGAAAAAGAAACUGAUAGGAAUCCUGUGACGUCAGGCAAGCUAUCUGGAGACAUAGCGCUGAAAUUCUUCCUCUUUUUCUUU